GCGCAGCAAGCGCGGGAACUAGGCUGCUGGGCGGCGGAAGAGAUGGAGGCGCCCGUGGCUGCCCGGGCUCCGGAGUCGACGCUGCGCAGGAGAAAGGGAGCACUCCACCAUGGAAUGAGAAUACCCCUACACCCAGUGAGAAGCCCACCCUCUCAGUGACUGAGAACUCCCCAGGAGGAAAUACCUGACCCCCAAAAGUAUGGACCCUCCCUCCCCCAAGAGGCUGUGUCUGGGCCAGGGGGCCGAUAUCUGGGCCUACAUCUUGCGGCAUGUGCACAGCCAGAGGAAUGUCAAGAAGAUCCGGGGAAACCUGCUCUGGUAUGGCCACCAGGACAGUCCAGAGGCCCGUCGGAAGUUGAAGCUGGAAGCCGCUGUUGCCCACCUGCGGGCAGAGAUCCUGGAGUUAGACCAGAGCCUGGAGCUGAUGGAGCGAGAGGCUGAGGCUCAGGACAUGGCCAUGGAGCAGGCCUUACAGAGCAUGCAAGACACCCAGCGUCGUGCUCUCCUCUUCCGGGCCCAAGCUGGGGCCAUGCAAAGACAGCAGCGUGGGCUCCAAGGUCCCAUGCAGCAGCUGCAGAAUCAACUCAAGCAUUUGCAGGACAUAGAGAGGAAGGCCAAAGUGGAUAUAAACUUUGGACCCUUGACAUCAGCAGCCCUGAGCCUGGAGCCUGUGGUCCUGGGCGAUGUCCGAACAGCCUGCAGCCUCCGGACCCAGUUCCUGCAGAAGCUCCUUAUGCCUCGGGCCAAGGGAGGCAGCGUUCCGACCCCUCGAGAUGAUCUCUUUGGAACUUCCUACCAGCAGUGGCUUAGCUCAGUGGAGACACUGCUGACAAACCACCCUCCGGGCCACAUCCUGGCUGCCUUGGAACAUCUGGCUGCAGAGCGGGAGGCAGAGAUCCAGUCCCUGUGCACUGUGCAUGAGCUCCAAGAUACAGAGAUAGCCAGCUCGGACCCUAUUCUCAGCUCCCAGGCCCCAGACCAGCCCGACUCCAGCCAGGCCCUGCCGUCCAUGGUGCAUCUCAUCCAGGAGGGCUGGCAGUCUGUGGCUGCGCUGGUCACCCAGCGGGGCCCUCUCCUGAAGGACCAUCAAAUCCUGACCCGGCACCUCCAGGGCCUGAUGGAGGAGAUGGAGAGAUGUACCGUGGGAUCCAGCGAGAGGCAAGCAUUGGUGCUGGGGCUCCGGAGCGCUGCCCUGUGGGCAGAACUCAAGGCCCUGCAUGCCAUGAGCAAGGAGCUGGAGGAGGCUGCUGGGCAGCGGCAGCUUCUGCUCCAGGAGCUCCAGGCCAAACAGCAGCGGAUCUUGCACUGGCGCCAACUGGUGGAGGAGACACAGGAACAGGUCCGCCUGCUCAUCAAGGGCAACUCAGCCAGCAAGACGAGCCUGUGCCGGAGCCCUGGGGAGGUGCUAGCUUUGGUUCAGCAAAAAGUGGUCCCCACAUCUGAGAUGGUGGCACCACAGAGCCAGGAGCUGCUUCGGUGUCUAGAGGAGGAAGCCCAGCAUCUGCCCCAUCUUAUGCUUGGCACCCUGCUGCGGCACAGCCCUGGAGGGUUGCAGCCCCUCCCUACAGUCCUGCCAUCCAUCCACCAGCUGCAUCCUGCAUCCCCAAGAGGCUCCAGCCUCAUCAUGUUGAGCCACACACUGGGGCUGCCCGCAGGGAAGGCUCCGGAGCUGCUCCUCCCGAAGGCUGCCUCUCUUCGCCAGGACCUUCUGUUCCUCCAGGACCAGCGAAGUCUCCGAUGCUGGUAUCUGCUCCACAUGAAGACCAGCCUGCCGCCAGGACCAUCCACCCAGGAGCUGCUGCAGAUCUGGGCAUCCCAGGAAAAGGAGCAGAAAGAGAACCUGGGGCGGGCUCUGAAGCGCCUGGAGAACCUGCUGAAACAAGCACUGAAGCGAAUCCCCGAGCUGCAGGGAGUUGUGGGGGACUGGUGGGAGCAGCCGGGACAAGCCGCCCUCUCCGGGGAGCUCUGCCAAGGCCUGUCCCUGCCCCAGUGGCAGCUGCGCUGGCUCCAGGCCCAAGGCGCCCUGCAGCAGCUGUGCAGAUGAAGAGGUGGCUCAAAAAGAAGUCCAGAGCUUCUCAUUUGUUCACCCCAACACUUCACUUCCCUUAAUAAGACUUUUGGAAGAAAGCAUUGCCUGGAUGCAUCAGCCCAUUGUCUCUCCCCACACCUGCCGUCCCCCUUCACAGGUUGUUCUGUUUUUCCUCUCAGUUGCCUUGCCACUGUCCUAUCAUCCCGCUAAAGCCAAGAGAAUGGGGUACUGUGGGCCCCACCCUACCUGAAACUCUCCUCGUCACUUUUACCCUCAACAAAAAGUAAUCAAGCACCUGCUCUAAAUACUGAGGAUCCAGCACUGAAAAAAAUGGACAGAAGUCCCAGCCUUCAGGGAGCUGUCAUUCUAGGACAGGAGAACAGACCACUGACAAAAUAAGUAAGCAAAAUAUUUAGUAUGUGGAAGAACUGCUGUGGAGAAAAAGCGGUUGUAGUGGUGUGAUUUUUAAAUAGAGGGCUACACCGCAAAGGUGACACUCUGUAAAGGUAGAGAGAGAAGGAAGCACACGUGUAUCUGAGGAAGGCUUGCGGAGGGGAAGACUACAGCACGUGCAAAGGCCCUGAGUUCAGAUGUGUUGGUGUGAGGGCUGAGGAGGCAGUGCAGCUGCUGGAAGAGGGGAAGUUUUAAGAGAUGACAUUGCCUUCUAGUUUUAUACAAUUUCUUUUGUAAAUGUAAAUUUUAAAUCUCUGAGCCAUUUGGAAUUUAUCCAAAUGGAUUCAAUUUUGUCUUAUUUUAAAUAUAUCUCACUAGCACUUAUUAAAAUUCUCAUUCAGAGCAGUGAUUGCCUCUGAAGGAGGGCUGGGUGGCAGGGAUCAACCAAGGAGGAGACAGACUUUCUCGAGUUGGGAAUAUGUUGUACGUGGAAGGUGGUGGGGUUACACAGGUGUAUAGAUUUUUCAGAACUAAUCUAGCCGUACUGAUUAGAUCGCUGCAUUUCACUGUGAAUAUCUUCAGCUUAUAAAGUAGAACUUUACAUACCUAAACUUUAUAAAGUAGUUUUAGGUGAUUUGAGAUGCCACCUUUUCAUACACUAAAUUUCCAUGAUUAAUUUGGCUGCAUCUGUGUUCUCUCCAAGUCCAUUGUCUGUCUGACUCUUGUGUGCCAUCCCCACAGUGUUUUAAUUAUAAAGGCUAUGUAAUGUCUUAGUACCUGAAAUGGCUGAUUGCCAUCUUGCUCUUAUUUUUCAAUGUGUCCCUGUCUCUUGCUAUGUUUUUCUCCCAAAUGAAGUGAACUUUAUAUCCAAUUUGCCUGAUUCCAGAAGAAAUACAAACAUAGAUGGGGGUUUUAUUGGGGUUGCAGUUAGUUUACAAAUUAGGGAUACUGGACAUCUUUGAGAUUUUAAACCUGAUUUUCCACCUCCCUUCCCAUAACUCCUCUCUUGGCCUCCAGAGCACCCUCACUCUCCCAGUUCUCCUCCUAUCCCUGGCUACUCUUUCCCAGUCUUUACACGUUUGCCUUCCUAUGUGCCACCUUAGUGUCCCCCCUCCUCUUCAUCUCAGCUCCGAGCCACCCCCCUACUGAACAUGAGGGUCCUUACCCCCGUCCUUGCUCAGUAUUUCUCCAUAACACAUCUUCUAACAUACGCUGUUUUACUUUAUCUUUUAUUGUCCUCAAACAAAAUAUGAGCUCCAUGAAGGUGAAUUCCUCUAUAAACUAGAAGUUGGACAAACUUUCCUAAAUAUGAUUUGAAAUCCAGAUGCAAUAAGGGGAAGUACUGACCAAAAAAAGAAACUUUUACAUGGUUAAAAAAAACAAGCAAAGUAAGAAGAAAUGACAAAUUGGGGGGAAAUGUUUGCAGUUUAUAACAUAAAAGGUUGUGUGUGUGUAUGUGUGUGUGUGUAGUGUCAAAGUGGAAAAGAAAAAUUCCAAGUCCAUGGAAAAAUGGGCAAAAUAUAUGAAUGGACAGUUCUCAGAAAAUAUGUUCAAACUCUGUAAGAGAAAAGCAAAUUAAAACCCCACUUUGAUACAUUUCUCACCUACCAGACUUGGAAAAAGGAAACCUGUAAUUUUGGCAGCUCCCUCUGUUGGUAAGGCUAUGGGAAACAGCACUCUGAUAUAUCAGUGGAUGUGCAAUAUGGAAUAUCUGUGGGAUGAUCCCCAGCAAAACUCUAUAAACAUUUAUUGGACUUCCCUGGUGGCGCAGUGGUUAAGAAUCCACCUGCCAAUAUGGGGGACAUGGGUUCGAGCCCUGGUGCAGGAAGAUCCCACAUGCCACAAAGCAACUAAGCCCGUGCACCACAACUACUGAGCCUGCUCUCUAGAGCCUGUGAGCCACAACUACUGAGCCCGCGCGCUUAGAGCCCGUUCUCCGCAACAAGAGAAGCCACCGCAGUGAGAAGCCGUGCACCGCAACGAAGAGUAGUCCCCGCUCGCCGCAACUAGAGAAAGCCCGCGCGCAGCAACGAAGACCCAACGCAGCCAAAAUAAAUAAAAUUAAUAAAACCCCAAAAAUAAUAAGUUUUUUUUAAUUAAAAAAAUGAUAUAAGCAUUUACUCUUUGCCCAGACAAUGCUACUUAAAGGAAUCUAUCCCAAAGACAUACUGGGUGAAAUAAAAGUUGUGGGACCUUGUACAAAACAACUAGAUCAUAUUCUUCAGAAAGUCAGUGGGGGUACAGUGGGGAUUGUUUUAGAUUAAAAGAGACAUGACAACCAAAUGCAAUGCAAAAUC